CCGGGCACGUCCGCGGCCCCGCGACACCGGCCGUCCGCGCGAUCCCGCCUGCGCGCAAGGCACGUCGUCUCUCCCGUUGGCCCAACGCGCCCGGCCCGGCCCGUCGGGCUGUCACGGCGUCCCUUUCGCCAUGGCCAAACAGGGAGGACACGACAAGGCAUCAGCGCGUUGUGCACGCGGCACGCCUAUAAACAAACAGCUCCUGGUCGCAUGGCCAGCCAUCGCAUUCCCGCUCGGCGUCAGGAGUCUGGGGAGGAGAUUGUUCGACCUCCGGCCGCUUACUCCGGCUUGUAGUGCGUGGGAGCAGAGUCGGCCGACGGGGAGGCCGGCAAAAUGCCGACGACCACCGUGGAGGACCUGCCCGCCGACGUGCUGGCCUGCGCGCUGCGCCGCCUCGACGGCCCGUCGCUGGCCGCCGCGAGCUGCGCCACGGCAGGCCUCCGCGCCCUCGCCGCGGAGCCCGAGACGUGGCGCGCGCUCUGCAUCGCACGGUGGCCGUCGCUGCUGCAGACCCAGCAGCGCGACAUCCUCGGCUCCGCGGCCGUCUCUCCGCAGCGCCUCUUCGCCGACGCCUUCCCCUUCCCGUCCAGUUCCACGGAUGCUGCUCCCGUCACCGCGGCUGAUCAAUGUCUCCCCGGCGAGCUGAUCUCCGCCGUGGACGUGUACCACAAGGGAGCGCCCCUCUUCUCCCGGGUCGUGGAGACGUCCACGUCGUCCUCGUGGUUCCUGACCUCGCCGUUCCGCGUUGACGCCGUCGAGUGCAAGGACCCGGUGCCGGCCGCCUCGUUCUCUCCGUCGGACUUGGAGCUCAGCUGGAUCGUCGUUGACCCCCGAAGCGGCCGGGCGGUGAACGUGUCGAGCCGGCGGGCCGUGGCCGUGGAUAGACACUGGUACACCGGCGAGACGUUGGUGCGGUUCGCGGUGGUGCUCGGCGGGAGCAAGUUCGAGGCCACAGUCACCUGCUCGGAGGAGGCCGGAUACCUUAGGGAGGUCAGCCUCACCGUCGAGGACGCCGGAAACGCGGCGGUGAGCGGCGAAGGCAGCCUGCGGCUUCUUGCAGCCGCAAUGGAAGGGCCGAGGAAAGGAGGGGAGAAGGAAAGGGAGGAUGCCAAGAGGAGGUACGAGGAGUUCGUGAGGAGCAAGAGGGGGCGGAAGGAGUCCAAGGCAAGGCGGGAGGUGCUCGUCGACUUGUGCUGCUCCGCCGUCGGCGCCGUCGCCGUGCUCAGCUUCCUCGCCUCCGUCGUGCUACGGUAGAAUCUACCGUACGGGCGAUCUCAUCCCUCAGUGCAGAGAAAAAAAACAUCAACACACAUUCUUUAUUCUUUUUUGCUGAUGAAUUUUUUUUAGGGUAUAUAGACGAACGUUUUUGCUCUUCGUACAUACCCGUGGGCCGGAGAGCAGUUUUUUCAGUAUAUACCACUGUAUCGAUAGAGAUACACAAGUUGGUAGAUUGUUUAUUCAUACCAUGCAUUUCUUUUGCUUAUUCUUCUAUUUAAUCAGAGGCUGGAUAUUUGUA